UCAGAAGAAAAUGGAACGAACAGAAGCCUUCAACAAAGCUAGAGCACAAGCAGAAGCAGGAACACUUGACGAUGCUUUUCAAACAAUAGAACAAUACACCGCAGAAGAUGGUAUCGAAUAUUCACUUUCUGAAAUGCAAACCGUUAAUAUUAUUGUUUGUGAAAAAUUAACUAGUUGCUCAUUUGAAGAAAAGAAAGAUGCCUGCCUAGCGUGCUUGCCGUUGCUAGAAGGCUGUAAAUUAGUAAAAUCUGCAGAAUGGCUGGAAUUGUAUUUAGACGCAGUUUACGACGUGUUCAGCAAACUCAGUCGAUAUGCUCGAGAUGAAGAACGGAGUGAAGCCUGGAAUAGAGUGAAGGAAAUUUACUAUGAAGUCACGUUGGCUGCCAGAAAAGUGUGGAAGGAGAAGAAUCUGCCAGGAGGGCUUGAGGUUUAUGUCAGUUAUGCGAAACUUGUGAAGAGCUAUUUAGAUGUGGCGGAUGAGGAUUCAUUUAAGAUUUGCGAAUCAUACGCCAAAGAAGCCAAAUUCGCUGGCAAAGGUACACUGGAAGAUGAAGACUACAGAGAUACCAAAAAAGCCAUUGACACUAUCAAUAAAAUGAUAACCGAUGCAAAACACGAGAAAGAACUUAUUGAUGAUGAUGAAGAUUAAACGGUUUUUCAUAUAUUUUUUUCGAUUUUUUUUGCAUUUCCGAUUCACCCCCGUGUAAUUAAGUUUUGGUUCUCCGAUUUUUUUUUUCAAUUUUCUUAUAAACUUUUUCUUUGCCUAUAAACAUUUAAUUUUUCAAAU